UAAUUACAUUUAGCGGAACCAAUUCAGUUCUUGAAUACGGGAUUCCGACACUCUAUCGGGCCAGAAAGGGAAUCCGAUCCCAAGUAUCUCCCUCCAAAACCUUAUACACAAAUAUAACAGGAGAGGCACCCAUUGCACCGGCAGUGCUGUGUGAGCGCUCAGAGGGAGGGACAGUCGUUACUUAAACUCUGCACAAUGUCGGUCGCAACACCCAUGUAUGAAUUGCCAAAACAGGUGAAAAUGCCCAGUGCCGUGCAAUUGCCGGGAUGCAUGUACAAAAUGGAACCACUGAACCGGUUUUCGAGUAAAGAUCUCGCACCCUCAUAUUAUGGAUCCACGUGUGCAUCGGCUGCCCUGAUUCAGGGGAGUUCUGCAGAUGUAGCAGCACUGGAAGUUCGACAGGAAACGGUGCUCCAGCGCCUGCGGGACCUCAAAUUGCAACUGGAUAAGCUACAAUCAAGCAAGUUUUCCUCUUUGUCUCCAUCUAAAAAUAGCUCCACUGCCAUUGGUGCUGCAGCUCAGUCUUCGCCCCUGAAGCAGGAAAAAGAAAUGGAGAGUGAGGUAGAUAUGAAAGCUCAGCACCACUCUAUUUUGUGUAAAUUAAGUGCCUUAAAAACUGAACUAAGUAAGGUGUCUGAGCUACAUCCAAGACUAGUGACCUCUUCUAAGGAUGAAAGAAUUGCAGAAAAGCAGAGAAGUAUUUUGAAGGUGAUAAGGGCACUCAAGGAAGAAGUUCACCGUAUUGCUGAGCUCCAGGAGAGAGAGAAGGAAUGUUCCACAAAACUGGAUGUAAUCACACACCACAAGGAAGUCUUGAAGAAGCUUGCAUCUCUCCAGGAGGAGUUGGUCAAGUUGUUGAGGGGUCUGCGUGACCUGUCAUGGGAGGUAGUCCACUGGCCGUGUGGAUGUCUAUUUGAUGAGUUUAAAACCUCUUCCUCAGUUGCUCUAUCCCUCUCCUCUCUCUCUGAGCCUUCAUCAACAGUGGAAACUAACCAAGCUGGUGUAUGUUCUCCACUUGCUCAAGCCCCCACUCCCCACCCAAAAGACUGUGGAAUAUUUUGGACUGGAACUGUACAUGAUUUGGUGAUAUCAGCCAAUCCCAACAGGCCCCCGUACUUUUUGGUUUUAUUAAGGAAGCUUUUAAAGGAUGCUGGCUAUCCUGUCUAUUCAGUUGACCAUCUGCACUCUUCUGUGCAUCAUGUUGACGAGUCCAUACGAGGAUGCUUCUCUGAUAAGCCACUUGGAGACAGAAACAAGCAUAACUUAGCUUUUACCGUUCACUGGAAAGAUGUUGAGGCACCAAACUUAAUGGUGAAUCCCCUGCGGCAAACUGUAAUAUCUGGAGAAGCCAACAUCACACGCUAUGUAUCUCGACUCUUCCCCCUAAGUUCCUCCUACAAUUAUGAAGCAACAGGAACCUUCUCUUCUAUUGCGGAGACAGACAACCUUCUAGAUCAGUUAGCAGCUCAGGCAGCUAGCAAAAAUAACAAAGAACGACAAGGUGCACUCAGACAGUUGAAUGGAAGAUGUGAUGUAUUCUUGUGGUCAGUGCUGAAGCAAGGAGGCCUGAAUGUUGGAGCUCCUGCAAACGUCGAUAAAUGGUACAAAAAGGUUGAUGCCAUGGCCAAGCUCGAAAUAAAUAUGUUGAACUCUCAGAAUGAUCCACACAGCAAAUCAUCAUCACAGUCCAAUACCCCAGUUCAAACACAGAAGAAGUCAGUUAACAAAGAGAGCCCAGCCUCUUGCAAGAAUGAGUUUGUUGAUAGAAAUGGCCUAGAAAAGUACCUGAAGAGUUUAAGCAUAUCAUAUCAGGUACAAGACCAUGAAGAAGUCUUUACAGUGGAUGCCCUCAUGAGGAAUGUGAGAGAAAUGCCAGGCCUACACAUGAAAAAUCUCUUUCUGAAGGAUAAGAAGAAAAACCUGUAUUUGCUUUCAGCUCGACACAAUACUGAGGUAAAGCUCAAUGAGAUUGGAAAACAGUUAGGCAUUAAAGAUCUACGAUUUGGAGAUGAAGCCAUAUUGUACAGCACCCUUGGAGUAAAGCAAGGGUGUGUCACAGCCUUUGCACUCCUCAAUGACCACAGUCACCAGGUCAAGUUCCUGCUGUUCCUUUGGUCAGAAGCAUUCAACGACUGUCAUCCCUUUGUCAACUUCCAUCCCAUGUCGAAUGCUGCAACCUUAGGCGUGGCACCAAAGGAUUUGAAGAAAUUUUUGAAUGCCACUGGACAUGAACCAUCAUUGCUAACAUUUUAAAGAGCUAUGAAUUAUUGCACAGUGUGUAUGUAAUAGGUUGAUUGGGAAAACAGCUUUAAGCAGUAAUAAUAAAUAAAUAGGUGCAUAGUGGUUAUAUUGUUUUGUAAAGAUUAAAACAAAUAUAUAUAUAUACAUAUAUAUAUGCCAUGGUUGUAUAGAGAAAAUCACAUGUAAGAGGUUUGCUGUUUUGGGCAUGCUAUUUAUUGUCAAAUUUUAUACUUUUUAAAAUGGGGAAAUGUGAGGGUGAAAAAAGUGUAUUUGCUCAAGUGAAUCAAGAUUCCCUGCAAUACAUGCUUUGUUACAAUCCAAAUUGAACUAGGGUUUCAUUACAAAAUUAAUGUUUCACUUAUUCUAAAUACAAUGAAUUAAUAUUUGGCUUCCACUGAUUAAUAAAUUGUUAUUUAUUU